AUGUCCAUCUUCACACCCACUAACCAGAUCCACCUGAUGAACGUGGCCGUGGUGUGCAUGAAGCACGUGGGGAAGUGCUUUGAAAUUGCUUGCUACAAGAACAAGGUCAUCGGCUGGUGCAGCAGCAUAGAAAAAGACGUUGAUGAAGUCUUGCAGACCCACUCAGUGUUUGUAAAUGUCUCUAAAGGCCAAGUUGCUAAAAAGGAAGCAGCCUUUGGGUCUGAUGACUAGACCGAAAUCUAUAAACAGGCUUUGCAAUUAAUGAUUUUAACAAAAGGAGAAGUACAAAUGUCAGAUAAAGAACAACACACACAACUGGAGCAGAUGUUUAGGGAUAUUGCAACAAUUGUGGCAGAUAAAUGCGUUAAUCCUGUAACAAAGAGACGAUACACAGUCAUCCUCAUUGAAAGAGCAAUGAAGGAUAUCCACUAUUCUGUCAAACCCAACAAGAGUACAAAACAGCAGGCUUUGGAAGUAGUAAAGCAGUUGAAGGAAAACAUGAAGAUUGAGCGAGCUCAUAUGAGACUUCGAUUCAUCCUACCUGUGAGGGAAGGAAAAAAACUAAAAGAAAAACUCAAAUCAUUGAUCAAGGUGAUAGAAAGUGAAGACUUAGGUGAACAGUUAGAAAUUGUAUGUCUAAUUGACCCAGGCUGCUUCAGAGAAAUUGAUGAGCUGAUACAGAGAGAGACAAAAGGAAAAGGUUCUUUGGAAGUUCUCAGCUUGAAAGAUGUGGAAGAAGGAGAUGAGAAAUUUGAAUGAAAACUUUUUACUGUCUCUUCACUUAUAAACACAACACUAAAAGGUGUUCUCACUUCCCUUGGCACUGUAACUCCUGGGUUU